UGUAUGUAGACCAGUGAAUAGAAUUAUUUAGUAAUUCAACAAUAAUAGUUGACGAAGUGAAGUAAAGAGAUUUCUCACAAGAAUCAACCUGCCCCUGUUGAUUGAUUAUUUCCUCACAUCGGUGAGGUGUCAAUCUGUCAUUCUGUCAGUUUUGGUCAGUUUGUCAGAUACAGUCCACAGUAGAUUCUUUGAGGGAAUUAAAAACACCUAAAAGUUGAAACAUUUAUUAAUGUUAAUCAAUUAAAAAUAUGUCGUGGGUUCGAGAGAGUAAAUUAAGUUGGACUCAACGUUUCGCUAUUAAAGUUGUAAAAACUGGCCAUGUUCCUAAACAUGUUGCAUUUAUAAUGGAUGGAAAUAGACGUUAUGCUAAAAGGAAUAAUGUAAAAAAUGUGGAUGGACAUUCGAAAGGUUUUGAUAAAUUGUCCGAAACUUUGCAAUGGUGCUUCGAACUUGGAAUAUUCGAAGUUACAGUUUUUGCUUUUAGUAUAGAAAAUUUUAAAAGAAGUGAAGAGGAGGUUAAUGAUCUUUUAGAUCUUGCCAGAAGGAAAUUCGAGCGCCUUCUCGAAGAAAGGGAGCAAUUAGAGAAACAUGGAAUUUGUAUAAGAGUAAUUGGAAAUUUGUAUUUAAUUCCAGACGACAUAAAACAGCAAAUUUCAGAAGCUGUUUACAUGACGAAAAAUAAUAAGAGAGCAAUUCUCAAUAUUGCAUUUGCAUAUACAUCGUCAGAUGAAAUUACCUAUUCAGUGAGAAAUAUCACUGAAGGUGUGAAGAGAUCUGAAUUAAUGAUAGACGAUAUUAGUGAAGACCUAAUAAAUGAAAGUUUAUACACCAAAAAUUCUCCGGAUCCCGAUUUAUUAAUUCGCACAUCGGGGGAAAUACGAUUUAGUGAUUUUCUACUGUGGCAAAUUUCAACUUCCUGCGUUUAUUUUACCGAUAAACUGUGGCCGGAUUUUACUGUCUACGAUUUAUUGCAUGGAGUUGUAUAUUAUCAGAGAUGUAAGAGUAAUUUGGAAUUGACAUCAAAGGAAUUAAAACCAAAAAAUUCGAUGCAAAAUAGUAGAAUUAAGUCAUAUCUGUUUAGAGUAGAGGACGAUUAUCAAAGUGCACUGAAAGAAAAUUUGCAAUGCUUUAAUAAUCUAAAGGAAGGAUCGCACAAUUCUAAUUAAAUAAGUAGAUCUUUUUAAUUCACUAUAUUUGUAGACUAUUAAUUUCGAUUACUGAAAAAAUAUUCUAUUCAAGAUUCAAGAUUUUUGUUUUAUCAAAGAUAUUGUAAAUAUGUAAUAAUUUACAUUUUUAAUUACAAAUUGUAAUGUAUAUAUAUGUUAAUUGAAAUGUGAAUAUAUUUUCAAUCGUAUGAAAUACAUUUUUCAAAUUUGAAA